AUGUCUCUCCGCUCCGCUCUCUUCGCAGUCGCCGCGCUCCUCGCCGCCACGGCCGAGUCCCACAUUAUCAUGUCCAACCCAGUUCCUUACAGCAACGACAAGAUCGACAAUAGCCCCAUCACCAAGGCCCAGUUCCCUUGCAAGUCCCAGAAUGGAUUCACUGUCACCAAGAUGAACGCCAUCAAGGUCGGAGAGAAGCAGCAGGUCUCUUUCAAGGGCACUGCCGUCCACGGUGGUGGAUCUUGCCAGCUCAGCUACACUCCCGACACUGAGCCAACCGCAAACUCCAAGUUCAAGGUCAUCAAGAGUAUCGAGGGAGGAUGCCCAGGCGUUGAGGGUGGAACCAAGACCUUCGAUUACACCCUUCCCGAUGUCAUUCCUAACGGCAAGGGCUCGUUCGUUUGGACCUGGAACAGCAAGAUGGCGGGCCAGCCCGAGCUUUACAUGAACUGUGCUCCCAUCGACGUCUCUGGCGGCGCCAGUGAUGAUUCUGGACUCGACACCCUUCCCGACACUCUCUUCGCCAACGUUGGUGUAAACAGCUGCAAGCAGGUUACGAACAAAGCCAUCAAGUUUCCCAACCCUGGCAAAGAAGUUGAGGACGGUGGCCUCGGUGACGCUGUCGCUCCCGAGGGCGACUGCGGCUCUUCUGGCGGCUCCGGCGAUAGCAGCCCUGCUCCUGGUAGCGGUGCCUCCUCUGCACCUGCAUCCAAGCCUACAUCUGCUGCCGCUGGUCAACCUUCAUCCGCUGCCGCUGGUCAACCUUCAUCCGCUGCCGCUGGUCAACCUUCAUCUGCUGCCGCGGGCCAACCUUCGUCUGCUCCUGCUGCUUCCAAGCCCACUCCAACAGGAGGUGUCUUCGCUCCUGGGGCCUCCAGCGCUGCUUCUAAGCCUACCACUCUUUCAACUGCUAUUGCUCCUUCUGCUCCCGCUGGAACUGCCUCGCCUCCCGCUGGAACUGGUGCCCCCUCCGCAGGCGCUCCCUCUACCGGUGCUCCUUCGACUGGUUCUCCUUCGACUGGCGCUCCUUCGACUGGCGCUCCCUCUGCAGGUGGUGCCACGGGUUCUUGCUCGGAAGAUGGUGCCAUUGUCUGCAACGGUGCUACUCAAUUCGGCAUCUGCAACAAGGGGCAGGUCACUUGGCAGGCUGUCGCCGCUGGUACACAGUGUGCCAACGGUGUCAUCGCCAAGCGUGGCUACAAUGGCCGCAUCGCUCGUCCUCGCUACUAAGUGAUUAUGUCGAUGAGCCUACGAAUUCUUUCCUACACAUGAUGACUUUUUUCCUGGUGGCUGGUUGGGGGCAUGGUCGAGUUAUCUUGGGUGUACAUUCUCUUCUUCUCUUCUUUUCCUCAUUGCAGCCUGAUGUCUGAGACUGAACGGUUGCGGUGGGCUUCUUCCUUUUGGGUUUUGCUUCGCAAUUCCCAUUUUUCUUGUUUCUUUUGGUUCAUUGGGUUUCCUUGGCAUUGCAUAGCGGGAAGAUUUUGGAUAUCUCCCGAGAAGAAUGAUGACAUCCUCAAAGCGCUUGAGAUGCAUCACACAAACAACCUAUGAUUGGUACAUACAUACGGGACAAGUUUAGCUCCCUUUUCUAGAAAAUGAAAAUUGAGUUUCUCUCAUAACAAUGUGCAGCUUUCCAUAAGUAUUACGAGUGUCAACCUUGGAACGGCCUUGUUCCGCGAACAUUGAUAAACAGAUACAUCCAGCGUCUAAAUUAUCUUCACGCUUCCAAUCUCCAAGGACAAUUGCAAAAAUGCGACUUUGCAAACUUGGCCAGUCGACAUGCGCACAUGCAAAGAACGUCUUACCUGCCUAUUUGUCCGACCACGGCAUUGCCGAGUUCGCCUUGCCCGCAACCCCUUCCCUGCCCCCCCUGCCCUCUUGCUGCACGCCUCCUUGCCCCUUGGUGCCUGAUCGACAUCCACCCCCGUUUCCACAUCCGAAAUGAAAGGGAGCAACACCAGAUCGUUGAUCAAGCCUAUCAAAUCCACCUUCUUUUCUUAUCCAUUUUUUCUUUCUUUUCCUGGAUUUGACUUCCUCCCUCCUUCCUUGCGGGAAGAGGGAUUGAAUCCCCUGCGCAUACGGGUUUCAUGCUAUUUUAUCUUUUCUUUGUUUCUUUUUUCUUUUCUUUGGGAAUGGAGAUUUUGUUGGUGAGGGAUUCUGUUGUGGGGUGGGGUUGGAAGGUUGUGCAUGGCUUUUGUCUCAGGGUAAGUUUAGGUACAUACCUA